AUGUCCAAGACGAUCUUCAACAACAUCGAGCUCCUGCCUCCAGACUCGCUUUUCAACAUCAAGCAGAGACUUGCCAAUGACUCCAGAUCGGUGAAAGUCGACUUGGGUAUCGGUGCCUACCGUGACGACACUGGUAAACCUUGGGUCCUACCUAGCGUGCGUGAAGCUGAAAAGCUCAUCCAAGAAGAUCCUAGCUACAACCAUGAGUACCUCGGAAUCGCAGGUCUGCCUACUCUCACCCAGGGUGCUGCUCGCGUUCUGCUGGGUGAAGACUCACCUGCACUCCGUGAGGGCAGAGUCGUGUCCGUGCAGUCGCUGUCCGGUACAGGUGCGUUACACAUCGCUGCCAAGUUCAUCAGUAAGUUUUGCGGUGACAAGCUCAUUUAUUUGUCAGACCCAACCUGGGCUAAUCACAAAGCCAUUUUCGAGACUCAGGGCCUAAAGACUGCCAACUACGCAUACUGGAACGCUGCUUCUAAAUCUUUGGACCUAGAGGGUUACCUUAGAGACAUCAAGGCUGCGCCUAACGGCUCGGUCUUUGUUGUUCAUGCUUGUGCCCACAACCCAACUGGUUUGGAUCCUAGCAAGGAUGAAUGGUCCUCUAUUUUAGACACUUUGGCGGCCAAAGAGCACAUCGUGCUUUUUGACUCUGCCUACCAGGGUUUUGCUUCCGGUAGUCUCGACGAAGAUGCUUACGCUCUUCGUUUGGGUCUCAAGAAGUUGGCCCCCGUUACCCCAGUCUUCGUCUGUCAAUCCUUUGCCAAGAACGUCGGCAUGUACGGUGAGCGUGUAGGCUGUUUCCACCUUGUCUUGCCCCAACAAGACGCGGCUGUUGAUCAAAAAGCUGUUGCAAGUGCUAUCUCAUCACAACUUGCCAGAAUUACUCGGAGCGAAUUGUCCAAUCCUCCUGCUUACGGUGCAAAGAUCGUUUCAAAGAUUUUGAACACACCUGAACUGACCGCGCAAUGGUACAAGGACAUGAUUACCAUGUCAUCGAGAAUCCACAAGAUGAGAAUCGCUUUAAGAGACCAUUUGGUAAAGUUGGGCACACCCGGAAACUGGGACCACAUCGUGGGACAAACUGGUAUGUUCUCUUACACCGGACUCUCUCCUCAGAUGGUCGAACGUCUAGAGAAGGAACACGCAGUGUACUUGGUCAACUCUGGUAGAGCCUCAAUUGCUGGCUUAAACAGCGGCAACGUAGAAUACGUUGCUAGAGCCAUUAACGAAGUUGUGCGUCACUUCUCUGAAUCAAAACUUUAG